GCGAGCAGCCGAGCCGAGCACCGGCCAGAGCGGCGCGUAGUGUGCUGCCCGACGAGUCGCGGCGAGUUCGAUGCCCAGGCGCGCCAGCGGCCCAGCGAGCUCCAGCCCGAGGACGAUGCCCGGCUGCGCGCCGGCCCGCUAGUCCAGUCAGUGUCGAGCGACCGCGCGCGCGCACGCGCCUGCCCGAGCGGCGGCGCCCAUCCGGACGACAGCGCUGCGGAGGCGAGUCGGCCGCCCGCGAGGAUGCCGCCGACCGCGGCCCGCUUGCCGCCGCCGCCACCGCCGCCGCCGCUGCUGCUGCUGCUGCCUCUGCUGCUGCUGGCCCUGCCUGCCCGAGCGGCGGGCCCCGCUGAGCCGAGAUGCGGCCAGCCAGCGGUGCCGAUGAACGCCAGGGUCAGCUUGUCGGACGAGUCGCUCAAGGUCGGCACCACCGCCACCUACACCUGCGACGUAGGCUACGAGCUGUUUGGCGCAAACAGCCUGACCUGCGGCAACAAAGGAAAGUGGCUGGGGGAGAUGGCGUUCUGCGGAGUGAACGUGGGCUUUAGGAAGCCGGCCAACCAGUCGACGAGCGUGAGAGGCGGCGACGCCAGCCACGGCAACGACGGCGACCUCAGCACCGAGCACGACGGGAAGCGGUGCACCGAGACCCAGAGCGAGCCCAGCCCCUGGUGGAGGGUGGACCUGCUCAAGGCCUACGCGGUCAAGGUCGUGCGAGUGACCACCCGUGGCUGCUGCGGUCAUCAACCUCUGCAAGACAUCGAGAUCCGCGUGGGCAACAGCAGCGCCGAGCUGCAGAGGAAUCCGCUGUGCGCCUGGUUCCCGGGGACUAUCGAGGAGGGCAUCACCAAGACGUUCGUGUGCGCGCGGGCGCUGGUGGGCCAGUACGUGUUCCUGCAGCUGGUCGGCGUGGAAGGCAGUCUGAGCCUCUGCGAGGUUGAGGUCUUCGCCACGGACGAGCUAUCGGCGGAUAGGUGUGCCCACGCCGGCACGCCGGCCGACGCCGAGCUGGCCGCCUUCAACUCCAGCUGCUACGAGUUCGUGAUCGGCAGGGGCGACUCGUUCCAGCAGGCCAGGUCCUACUGCCAGGCGCGCGGCGGCGACCUGGUCCACGGCCUCAAGGGCGUCGCCUCGACCUACAUCCUCAACAACCUGGACAGGAGGAAGAGCAGGCUAAAGACGCAGCUGGUGUGGAUAGGCGCGCAGAAGGAGCCGUCGAUAACCGUGAGAACGUGGAAGUGGGUUGACGGCGAGGUCAUCCAGAAGCCGAGCUGGGGCAAGGACCAGCCCAACAACUACAACGGCGAACAGAACUGCGUGGUCCUCGACGGCGGCCGGUCCUGGCUGUGGAACGACGUCGGCUGCAACCUUGACUACCUGCACUGGAUCUGCCAGAGCAAGCCGUCGAGCUGCGGCAGCCCGGACAGGCUGGAGAACACGACGAUCGCGGGCGCGAAGCGCGGCCUCGGCUCGAGCGUCGAGUACGCCUGCCCCGACGGCCACAUGCUCGUCGGCUCGCGCAGCCGCGUCUGCGAGCCCAGCGGCUUCUGGAGCGGCUCGGCGCCGAGUUGCAGAUUCGUGGAUUGCGGUCCGCUCGACGAGCCAGACAACGGCUCCGUCCAGCUGGUCGACGGGCGCACCAGCCACGGGGCCUUCGCGGACUACGCCUGCAAGGACAACUACACGCUGGUCGGUGACGCGCGCCGACGCUGCGGCGAUGGCGGCAUCUGGAGCGGCCACAAGCCCCAGUGCUUAUUCGACUGGUGCCCCGAGCCGCCGCAGAUAACCGGCGGCAUAGUCGCCUUCGGCGGCAAGCGCGCCGGCUCCAAGGCGACCUACUCCUGCGAGAAAGGCUUCGUGCUGUUCGGGGAUAAUGUUCUGACGUGCGACAUUGGGGGCCAGUGGUCGGGCAAGACGCCGCAGUGCCGCUACAUCGAUUGCGGCGCCCCGGCCCAGAUAUCCCACGGCACGGUCAAGCUCGUCAAUGCCACCACCACCGUAGGCAGCCUCGUCGAGUACACCUGCCAAGAGGACUUUUGGCUCGACGGCGCGGCCAAGCAGGAGUGCACCAAGGACGGCAACUGGAGUCAUAAAACUCCCCAAUGCGAACUGAUUACCUGCGAGGAGCCGGAAGUGCCGAAUGGGAGCUACGUGGUGGGCUACGACCUGUACAUUCACAGCACCAUCGAGUACCACUGCGAGGAGGGCUACCUGCUGCACGGCCAGGCCAAGCACACGUGCGACAAGAACGGAGAGUGGACCGGAGAUCUGCCGUACUGCGAGUACGUGGACUGCGGCAAGGUGCUAGCUGUGCCCAACGGCUCGCUGGACUACGUCAACGGCUCGACCUACCUGGGCAGCGAGAUCUCCUACAGCUGCAGCAAAAACUACCGGCUGAACGGCAGCCCGCGGCGCUACUGCCUCGACAACGGAGUCUGGAGCGACGCGAGCCCCAAGUGCGAAGAGAUCAGGUGUCCGGAGCCGGUGCUGGCCAAGCACGGCAUCGUCUCGCUGACGGGCAACGACCGCAUGUACGGGCGCACGCUGAUCAGGACCGGCACGGCCGAGAACUCCAACACCGGGGCGACCUCCUACAAGAUCGGCGCCCUCGCCAAGUACAGGUGCGAGCGCGGCUACAAGGUGGUCGGCGACUCGCUGUCCAGCUGCGAGGACAACGGCAGAUGGAGCGGCGAGGUGCCCCAAUGCGUCUACGUGGACUGCGGCAAGCCCGAGCAGAUCCAGCACGGCCGCUACGCGCUCACCUCCAACGUCAGCUACUACGGGGCCGCGGCGCUCUACGAGUGCGACGCCAACUACGAGCUCGACGGCUUCGCCCGGCGGCUCUGCCUGGAGAACGCCACCUGGAGCAGCGAGCCUCCCGUCUGCAAAGAAAUCAAGUGCAAGGAGCCGGACAGGAUCGGCACGGCCAGCACCCAAAUCUCCACUCAUAGCGUCGGUGGCGUGGCCCACUACAACUGCCCCAGAGGCUACGUCAUGGAGGGCAACGCCACGAGGGUUUGCCUGCAGAACGGGUCCUGGAGCGGUCGAGCCCCGUCCUGCUUCGCUGUCGACUGCAAGCAUCCGCCGCCCAUAGACAACGGACGGGUCAUCGUCGUGAACGGCACUACGACCUACGGUGGCGCCGCCGAGUAUCACUGCCUGCCGCAGUUCGACAGAGUCGGCCUGUUCCUGAGGAAGUGCUUGGACAGUGGGCUGUGGAGCGGCGAGGAGCCUCGAUGCCAAGAGUCCCCCAACGAGAUAGCGGAGGCCCAAGGAGUCGGCACAAGCGUGGGAAUCGCCGCCGCGGUGAUCGUCGUCAUCUUGAUCAUCAUCGGUCUGGUUUACCUCAGAUUGCGCAAAGCGACUCCCGUGAAGAACACGGAGAACGUGCAGGCUGCCGAGCGCAAGGAGGACCAGAACGCGGCGGUGAUGUCGUACGCGACCCUCAACGACGGCUCGCCCAACGCGAUGUACGAAAACGUUCCCGAGGACGGCCUCUACGAUCACCCGUACAGCGUCAGCGGCAGUACUUACGGAUACGCUACUGGGCAGGCAAGGCGACACUACAACAGAUCCGGCCACUACGAAGCAGAGCCCUCGGCCAGAAACGGCAUCACGAUCAAUGGAGUGGCCGUCAGAUAGUCGACGAUGCCAAGGUCGCCCGUGCAAAUCCAUAGUCAAACAGUUCCAAAACGUAAUUUACGUCCGCUGCCCAUACAGAUAGACUGUUGUACAUACGUAUUGUACGUAAUACAUGAUCCGUCCAUCCUUCUCUUCCGUUCGCUGUCAAUUUAACUUUGUCUUUUUAUCUAGACAUUCCUCUUUUUACGUCUACUAUCGAUGAAAGCUUUAGACCGAGAGUCGGAGUAUAUUGUUGCAGUGUUUUCUCACGUAGUCUAGCUUACUCUUUUUACAAUUUGUUACGUUUAAUUGUUAUAGCUUCCAAAUGAAAGUACAAGCAAGUUUCUUUUCUUUCUUCUCCUUCUUUUCUGCUCUACAACAUUAUCACGUUUCCACGUGCACGAGCAAUUGGCACUGGCCUCCAUAUAUACGCUAUUUACAUUGGACUCGUUUGUACUUUUGUUCAGUUGAAUAUAAUAUGAGCAGUUGUAUAUAGUUUUCAAGAUAAACAAAUUUAGGAAUACGUUAGACAUCUCUUAGAGUGGAAAGAGACGGGAAAAGUUUGAAGCCAUAUAAGGCGCCUUGUAAAUGUAUUUUUGUAUAUAUAUACCCAUAUACGAUGAUAAUGCGUCAAGAUUGUAUUUACUCGAGGGGAAAUAAAUAUUUUACUUUUCCACUGAAAAUCGUGCACAGCGAUGGAUCGAGUGUCCUUUAA